AUGUCUACUACCGCGGUGCGGCGCGCUGACGUACAACACUCUCUGGUACUUCCUCAACAUCACAUUCGUCGAGAUCCCCUACGUCUUUGGCAGCAGUCUCCUCUUCACCAUCGUCCUCUUUUUCCCUCUCCUCGGCAUCUGGUCCUUCAGCACGGCUGUGCUUUACUGGCUCAACAUCUUCCUCUCCGUGCCCAGCAGACGCUCCUGAACCAGCUGCUCGUCUACUUGCUGUCCAGUGGCGAAGUCGUUGCCGCUGUGGGCAUCCUCAAUAACGUCAGGUUCCAGCUCUUUGCUGGGUUUAAUCCGCCUGCUGCUGCCACCCCAGACCGUUACCGAUGGCUCUAUGACGUAGCGCUAUUCCCUCUCGAUCCUCGCCUCGCUCGUGUUCGGCAUCUGCCCUGA